AUGCAACAUGACACACCAUCCUCGCUGUGCACCCCACCACCUUCGCUACCUGUCACUGCGGCUUCUCACGCCAUCCCCGUUCUCUUCGACACCCUACGCAAUACCUUAACCUGGGCCUGGGAUGGGUCGGCAGCACUAAGGAGACAACCAUCACGACGGUGGUCAGGGGGGGCAGAAAAUGGUGUUUUUUUGCUCAAUCUGCGGUGGGGGAGACAGAGAGCGAGCAGGGAGAUAAGUCACGUACCUCGAGCAGGGGUGGCAGAGCGCGAGAGAGAACAGACAGGUGAGCGUCAAGGUCUCUUUCGGCGAAGGUCCUCUGUAAGCCCUGGCUGUACCUCUUCCCCUCUCCUGUUCCCCGUCUCCCUCUUCGGUGUCCGAACAAUGUACCUACAGGCCUGCUGCGUUUGCGUCUGCUGCUGCUGUGCGCUGAAGAGGUAA